AGUCUGCCCACGCCCAACUGUCCUUCAAAUUUUGACCCCAAAGUUGAAUAAUUUUUUGGCAGUGUCCAGUUUUGCCGGCGUGUCAUCUCACGGCGGAGCUUCCUUCUCGAGAGAGUUUCCACCGCCGCCGGAAAUGUGCCCGACGAAGCACAAAAAGAGUCACCUCCAUCAGAACUGUAACAACCGCACGAACUCGGCGGAAGACUGGCGAGAGGAGGCAAUUAACGGUGGAUCAUUGAAGCAAGUGGACCUCCAUACAGGAUCCAAUGGUUGGGCGUCGCCGCCUGGUGAAUUGUUCCUCCUCCGCGGACCGAAUUACUUCUCCAGAAAAGUGAAAAACCCUGCCGGUGAGUGGUUAUUGAAUCCUGCUGGAGUUGAUUGGCUUAGAUCCAACGCUAAGCUCGAUCACGUUCUCGCGCGACCUGAUAAUCGUGUUAUGAACGCAUUACGUGCCUCGGAGAAUCGUGAGAAGUCGUCGAAAACUUUUAUUGUUGCUGUGAAUCUUCAAGUUCCCGGACGCGACCAUUAUUCGGCGGUAUUCUACUUCUCUAGCAAAAUCGACCAACCGAUUAACUCAAAUCCUUUGCUCCAUGAGUUCAUCAAUGAUUCGGAUGCUUUCCGCAGCAGUCGAUUCAAAAUCGUGAGCAAAAUCGUUAAAGGACCGUGGAUUUUGAGAACUGCGGUGGGGAAUUACUCCGCGUGUUUGUUAGGGAAGGCGCUGAAUUGCUACUACCAUCGGGGGCCAAAUUAUUUGGAAAUUGAUGUCGAUAUCGGUAGCUCGGCUAUAGCCAGCGCGAUUUUGCGGCUGGCUUUAGGUUCUGUAACCGCCGUGACGGUUGACAUGGGGUUUCUGGUGGAGGCGCAGAAGGAGGAAGAGUUACCGGAAAAGAUAUUCGGUGCUGUUAGGAUUUGCCAAAUGGAGAUGAGUUCGGCGACGUUUGUUGACAGCGCCACUCCGACGAGUAAAGUUUUACCGAUGAGCAGCGGCGGCGAUACAGAAACAGAGGAAGAUUAAUGGCGCUUCAAGGUUUUUCGAUUCUUUAGUGAUUGUACGGACAUGUACUCAAGUGUCUUGUUCUUGGAAUAGAGUUCUUGGAAUGUGGCUCGAAGAGAAAGAACAAUAGUAUAUCUAUAUCUGAACUGUAAUCCAUUAUGUACAUGAUGAAUGAUUGAAAACCAUAUGUUGUUACCCAUUUUUGCAAAUUUCUGAUUUUCAGCUCUUUGGGUUGAUCUGGAAUAGGAUUUUUAGUUGUCCUCUUUUGAUUGUUAUCAUUUUUCCUUGGAUUGUUUUAUUUUUAAACCUAUUAUAACAUCAAUUUGCUUGUAU